UUGAAUUGAAUCGAAGCUGUGACAUUUGAUGUGGUCAUCGAACGCAUCACGAGCGGUGGGGCUGGGCUUGCCGGCCCCUUUUCCCCUCCUCAGCAUCUUUUCUUUCGAAGCAACAUCAGUAGAGCAACUCACGCACGACUGGACGGGGAACCUCUCUCGGCUUUCUUUGGGCGGAACCGACGCCGCCAAACUGGAGCCGGGGGUGGCAUCGAGUUCGGCGGCCGAGUGGCAGCCUCCGCCUUGGACCGACGAGCUGGCUGGCAUGUCCCAGCACAUCUACGGCAGACACGGGCCAGCCGACAGUGCGCACAAGUCAGCCUUCCAGGUGAACGGAGGUACGUAUUCCAGGAGGUGUCGGCUGAAGCGAUCGGAUGGCAGCACCACGUCCACAAGCUUCAUCCUCAGACAGGGUUCCAGCGACUCAUACGCGAGCCGCCCGUCCGACUCGGACGUCUCCCUGGAGGAGGACAAGGAGGCCGGCAGGCAGGAGCGUGAGCAGCAGGCCCAGCUCCAGCUGGAGAGGGCCAAGAGCAAAGCGGUGGCGUUCGCCGUGAGGACAAACGUCAGCUACUGCGGCGCUCUGGACCUGGACGUCCCCGUGGAAGGCACAGCCGUCUCCUUUGACGCCAAGGACUUUCUCCACAUUAAAGAGAAGUACAACAACGAGUGGUGGCUGGGUCGGCUGGUGAAGGAAGGCUGCGAGGUGGGCUUCAUUCCGAGUCCUCUCAAGCUGGAAAACAUUCGCCUGCAACACGACGGCAAGCGAGGACGCUUCCAGGGCAGUCAGAACAAGUCCAGCGGGAACUUGUCGUCCAGUUUAGGAGACAUCAUGUCAGGAACCUUCAAGGGUACACCAAAUAGUGCAGGGAAGCAGAAACAAAAGGUGGCUGAGCACGUGCCUCCGUAUGACGUGGUACCCUCCAUGAGGCCGGUGGUCCUGGUGGGCCCGUCGCUCAAAGGCUAUGAGGUGACGGACAUGAUGCAGAAGGCGCUAUUCGACUUCCUGAAGCACAGGUUCGACGGAAGGAUCUCCAUCACCAGGGUCACGGCCGACAUAUCGCUAGCCAAGAGAUCGGUGCUCAACAAUCCCAGCAAGCGUGCCAUCGUUGAGAGGUCCAACACCCGCAACGCUAGCAUCGCCGAGGUGCAGAGCGAGAUCGAGCGCAUUUUUGAGCUUGCGCGCUCACUCCAGCUGGUCGUGCUGGACGCCGACACGGUCAAUCACCCAGGACAGAUCAUCAAGACUUCGUUGGCACCCAUCCUAGUUCACCUCAAAGUCUCCUCACCCAAGGUCCUCCAGCGUCUGAUCAAGUCUCGUGGGAAAUCUCAAAGCAAGCACCUGAAUGUGCAGCUGGUAGCGGCUGAAAAACUUUCCCAGUGUCCUCCAGAGAUGUUUGACAUCAUCCUGGAAGAGAACCAGCUGGAGGAUGCUUGCGAGCACCUGGCUGACAACUUGGAGGCGUACUGGCGAGCCACGCAUGCCCCGGUGAUCAACAGCAUGCCGGCACGCAACCUGAGCUCCGGCCCGCUCUCGCCCUAUCCCGCCGCCAUCUUUCAGGCCCAAUUACGUAAAUGUAACCUCACGACUCCUAGCGCGAUGUCCCACGUUGAGCAUCGCAGCAGCCUGAUGCCAGCUCACCAAAACGUCCAGAAUGAAAAGGUUCGGACUGGUCUCCGCCGGAUGUCAUCAGGUUCCCAGCAGAGCUGUGACCAGUCACCUCUGGUCAAGGAGGAGAUGUACCUCCAAGACCCUUACCAGGACUCUUAUCAGCCGCAUCGCAAGCCAGGCCGCAGGCUUUGAAUGAAAUCGCCUUGUAGAAGUUCAUAUACGAUGAUAGUCUUGAUGAGAAAGUAUGUUGUUCUACAGAUGCUAUUUAUUUUGUUAGGAAUAUAACGAAGUGCAUGCACAGAAAAGUUGUGCCAUUGGUGUGUUUUGAAAUAGAAAUACAUGUAUUGUUUCCUCAUUUUGACAAUGACCAAGCUGUAGGCAAUAAUAUUUGUGUACAGUGCCACAUUGACUCACAUUUUUAAUCCGUUCUAAGAUUGUAACAAGAAUGACUUUAAUGUCAAAUCGGCUUUAAUCAUAUGAUAAUCAGUCAUAAUGUUAAAAGAAAUAACAUAGCGACAUUACAUGCCAAAGUUCUGAUAUACUAGGAAAAUAAAACCUCAAGGCUUACAGGAAUAAAAUCAAAGCAUCACUGGUAAACUGAGAAUUUUUAGAAUAUUAAUAGAAAUAUAAAAAAGGAAGAAGUUUAUAACUACAACGUCAUUGAUGCUUUAGCCUGUAAAUGGUGUUUUGUAUUGUAUGUAAGCAUUAACCUAAGACAAAUUUAUGAAGUUUGGUUAAAUACACAAUAUGCAGUUUUCAGUUUUAGUAAGCUGGAUAAGGCAAGAGUUUGAAACUCUUUUUUUUAAUUAAUAAUUGUUUACUAUCUACCAUAAUGCUUUGUGAAUUUUGCUGACACUACAGCUAAAAGAUGGAUGUUUUGAGGAAAAAAAAAUUACACUGCAAUAAUUAAGUCUAACUGUAAAAGGGUGAAAUGGUCCUUUUUCUGAUUUAGAAAAAGAUUUUUAAAGUUGGAAUAUUGUGAAAUUAAAUAAAUUUAUCAAAAAAGUAUUAUUUUUUUCUCACAAUAUUUCCUGAAAAAAAUUAAAAACAGGACGGACUCCAUCAAAAUUUAAAAAUUAGGGUCAGAAUAUUCAAAGGAAAGUAAAAAUAUUCUGGAGAAACCAAGUACUGUAGCCAUUUUGUGAUUUAUUUAUUUUUUAUUUUA